UAUUACUACAUGCUUUUAAAAUUCAAGUUCAUAAAUUUCAAUCAUCUCUCUUCUGUAUUUAGUCAUAAUAUAUAGUUUAUCCUAUGUACAUUUUCAUAACACAUUGACACACAAAAAAAAAAAAAAAAAAAAAAACACACACACACACACACUAUACGUAUAAAUAUAAGACUAGCAUUUGUGCCAUAAAGAUCCCUUAUUCACUCACAACAAAUUAAACACAAGAAGCGGAGCGAUAUAUUAUAUUAUACAUCAUGGUUCUAUCGGCGCUGCUGAAUUUUUUCUACCCGCCGCCGGCGAGCCUGGUGGUAAAGGUGAUGGCGGUGAUAGGUUUUGCGUCACUGACAAAUGCCGGAUGGAUGGAAACCAAGGGUAAGCACAUGCAGUAUUCUAAGCUACGGAAUGUCGGUGACGGUGACGGUAGCAAGGGGAAGAUAACAGAAAAGGCGAAAGUCCCGAGUAAAUUGGGCAUGAUUGUUCUCUACACGCCCGCUUUUCUCGCCGGAGUUUCCUCCUUUUUCCUCUUUCCGGUGACGGAUUUGAGAUUUAAUUUGCUUCGUUCCGCCGUCACCGUACAUUUCUUCAAGAGGGUUCUUGAGGUACUGUUUGUUCACAAAUUCAGUGGCUCGAUGGAUUUGGAAGCGAUGAUCACAAUUUCUCUGAGUUACUUAGCCUCCGCAUCGACAAUGAUCUACAGUCAAGAAUUGGUGCAAGGUCUCCCGGAACCAGCUAUCGAUCUUAAAUACAUUGGAGUUCCUUUGUUCUUAGUUGGAAUCGGUGGUAAUUUCUAUCACCAUUUUCUUCUAUCCAAACUGCGAACGGGGGCAGAAAAACAGUACAAAAUCCCACAAGGUGGUUUCUUUUCUCUCGUGAUAUGCCCGCACUACUUUUUCGAAAUUCUCGGUUUUUUCGGAAUUUGUUGCAUUUCGCAAACGAUGUACCCGUUUGCGUUUACUAUGGGGACGACUUUCUACUUGAUGGGGAGGAGUUACGCUACUAGGGAAUGGUACAAGUCUAAGUUUGAAGAUUUUCCUAAGGAUGUAAAGGCCUUGAUUCCUUACAUUUUCUAGUUGACCUCAAACGUUGUAACUAUUAUGUAUUGUAUGAAGCAGCGAUUAUCGAGAGGAUUUUAUGAAAGUAAAUAGUGUACUAUAAAUAGGUUUCGUUAUUAUAUGACGCGGCACAGUAGGGCAGAGUAACGCUGUGGUUUAUUUUAUUUUUUAAUAUUGGCAGUAGAGUGAAGUUUGAACUUUGAAGCAGUUUUUUCUUGAUUUGCUUUUGGUUGUUAUGAACUGAUAAGUGAUUAUGAUAUUGUGACAUUAUGGCA